AUGAGUUUGAGUCAGAUCAUAUCCUUAGGCAACAGCUCCGCAGCGCUGUUAAAAGACAUAAUUAGGUCUAAAUUAGGGUCACUAUUUAAGCCUAGCCCUCACUAUGAGUAUCCACUCCCUAGUAUUCUUUCUUACUCUGGCUUUCUCAUCCUAGUGUGCACCGCAUAUAAGUUAUACGAAAAGUACUACGAAGGAAACGAAGAGAAGCUCGAAUUAGCCGGCACCGCGGUGUUUGACGUGCACACCGCUGACUGGGCGAAGGAACAGAAGGCCCCAUCUGGCCAAAAGGAUAUAAGCAGUGAACAGAGUGCAAGUGGGGGCGAAGAAUAUGCCGGAGAGGAAGCCGAUGAGGAAGGGAACGAGGAAGAACUGGACGAAGAAUUAGGGGAGGAAUUAGAAGAAGAUUAUGGAGAAGCGUAUGGGGAAGAAUAUGGUGAAAUGAUUGAUCAGCGUUAUGGAGAGGACUAUGGAGGAGAAUACGGCGAGGAAUACGACGAAGAAGACGGUGAGGAGUACAACGACGAACGAGUCACUCAACAGGACGAUGAAUGGGAAUAUCCAGAGGACCAACACGGAGGAGAGUGA